UGUAAUCAGAGUCAGCCAAGAAAAUUCAACUCAGUUGUUAUCAGAUUCAGAGGACUUCAACUCGGUGGCAAUUCAAUGCACAUUACCAAACAAACAGAAAUCUAGCUCUCUUUGCUUGUUACGUGAAAAUUAGCUUCAGUUAUCUUCACCAGCGCUGCUUAACGGCUUGUUCAACUCAAUUCCAACACUAUCUUCUUCCAUUAUCGCUGUCUUUUCAGUUGCCAGCGCUUUUUUGGGUAUUAAUAUUGCGAUUAGAUUUUUUGCUGAAAUUAUUUUCUGAAUAAUUUUAGGGUCAGCUUCGCAAUUUUAUGCAAUGAUUUUUGACGAAUCAGAUUAGGAUUUUAAAAGUCUGUUUGCUGUCAAAGUUUCUCUAUAUAGAUUCCGAGAAUCACUUUUUUGAUUUUUGAAACGUCUUUUCUGAUUGCUUUUUUGAUUGCCCGAGAUUUUGGCGCCAAAAUCAUGACGUUGGAUAUCACCAACGGCGAGUUGUUGCGCAUGGCGAGCGAGGCUUCCGAAUCCUUCGCCGGCGGUAUUUUGCAGCAGCGGGCGCCUGUCGAGAACGGAGACGGUACCGGAACGGGUGGGGAGGAGAUGUUGAUGCCUCCUCUCAACUUCGGGAUGGUCGAUUAUGGCAUUUUUCGAUCUGGCUUUCCUGAUUCUGCCAGUUUCGGAUUCUUGAAAACCCUUCGCCUACGUUCCAUUAUAUGUUUGUUCCCUGAUGAGUAUCCAGAAACCAAUUUAGAGUUUUUGAAGGCCAAUGGAAUAAGGCUUUAUCAAUUUGGAAUCGAUGGCUCUAAGGAUUCUUUGACGGAAGUCCCGGAAGAUGCAAUUCGUGAGGCAUUGAAAGUUAUACUAGAUGUUGAGAACCAUCCAUUGCUCAUUCAUUGCAAAAGAGGGAAGGGUUGCUCUUCGAUCACUUAUCUUCUGAUCAAUGUUGAUGGUUGCACACUCUCUUGCUCUCUUGCUUUGGACGCAAAGCAUCCUUUAAUUUGCGAGUUUGUCUCAGCUUCUUCCAUUGUCGCAAGCUUCCUUCGAUUGUGCAACGCUUUGUGUCAUCUGCAACUUUAAUUUUACUUGGUCAUUUUAUCUUAAUAUAGUUUGCUCUUGAAAGAAUCUUCGGACCAUCUUUUUAUAUUUGGUUUAUUUUUCGGUGCUAUUUGGUCACGGCUCCGACUUGGGUCUGAGAGCAGAUGUGAUUCCGCGUUACAUUCACAUCAUACAUGAAUACCGAUGCUCAAAUUUAUCCACCUCUAUGUUAUACUGGAUACACUUUAGUUCUUUUUUUUUUUCUUAUAGAAAGGCAAGCAAAGCUUGAAAGAAAAUACACAGAGUUAGGCCCUCUAGCACAAUUUUAGUACUUCCAAAACGACAUCAAUGCAGCUAAAACAUUUACACCUGAAGGAGGAAUCUGGAAGGCAAACAGCAAGAGUACAACGGGAUUGCAAGACACUCAAUUUUCUAGCUCUAUAGAAAAGCUGCCAAAUACUCCUGACUUGUUAUAUUUUUGGAAAAAUUGUCAAAAAAAAUCAAAUGAGGGAGGUCCUUGGGAGGAAGAUAAAAUCUUGAAACUCCACUGCGCACCUGCGAACAUUUUGGAAUCUACAUAAACCUCAAGAGUGCCUCCCUCUUCCCAAAUACCUCCG